AUAAACACACUCUUCUUAUAUCUCGAUCUCUUUCUUUCUCCCAAAAACACACUCUUCUUUAAUUUUUUUUUUCUUGAUCAACCAUGCCUACUUCUCUUGAUCAUGAUCUCUACCAAAAAAACAAAAAAAUUCUUGACUUCAUAGAGGAUGCUACUUCACAUGCAGAUGAAAUCCAAAAAAAUGUCUUAGCUGAAAUUCUUUCUCACAAUGCAAAUGUUGAAUAUUUGCAAAGACAUGGUCUCAAUGGUCAUAUAGAUAGUGAAACUUUCAAGAAACUUCUUCCUAUCAUAUCAUAUGAAGAUAUCAAAGAUGAUAUUAACCGUAUUGCCAAUGGUGACACUUCUCCAAUCCUUACUUCAAACCCCAUUUCAAACUUUCUCACUAGCUCAGGCACAUCUGGUGGUGAAAGAAAGUUGAUGCCAGCAACUGAAGAAGAACUUGGAAGAAGAUAUUUUCUCUAUAGUCUAUUAAUGCCAAUAUUAAGUCAAUUUGUUCCUGACCUAGAAAAAGGCAAAGGAAUGUACCUAAUGUUCAUAAAAAAUGAAUCUAAAACCCCAGGAGGUAUUAAGGCUAGUCCAGUUCUCACAAACUAUUACAAAAGUUCGCAUUUUUUAAACCGGCCUUAUGAUCCAUACACAAAUUUCACAAGUCCAAAUGAAGCUGUUCUUUGUCUUGACUCAUACCAAAGUAUGUAUUCACAACUUCUAUGUGGUCUUUGUCAAAACAAUGAGGUCCUUCGUGUGGGCGCUGUUUUUGCUUCAGGUCUAAUUCGCGCCAUUCAUUUCCUUGAAAAAAAUUGGUCACUUUUAUGUAAUGAUAUAAGAACAGGAACUCUUAACCUCCUUAUCACUGACACUUCGGUGAGAGAGGCGGUAAUGAAAAUUCUUAAACCGGACGAAAAUCUUGCUAAUUUUAUUGAAUUUGAGUGUAGUAAAAAUUCUUGGCAAGGUAUUAUUACUAGGUUGUGGCCCAAUACUAAGUAUAUUGAUGUUAUUGUGACUGGAUCAAUGUCACAAUACAUUCCUACUUUGGAGUAUUAUGGUAAUGAAUUACCACUUGUUUGUAUUAUGUAUGCUUCAAGUGAAUGUUACUUUGGUGUUAACCUUAAUCCCCUUUGUAAACCUUGUCAAGUGUCUUAUACACUUAUCCCCACCAUGUGCUACUAUGAAUUUUUACCUAUUAGUAGAAGUAAUGAUCCUCUCAAUGAGAAAGAAAAACAAGAAUUGGUGGACCUUGUUGAUGUCAAGCUUGGUCAAGAAUAUGAGCUUGUUGUUACAACUUAUGCUGGACUUUAUAGGUACAAAGUAGGUGAUGUAUUGAAAGUGACUGGAUUCAAGAACAAGGCACCACAAUUCAGCUUUGUGUGCAGAAAAAAUGUUGUCCUAAGUAUUGAAUCAGACAAAACAGAUGAAGUUGAGUUACAAAAUGCAAUGAAAAAUGCUAUGGCACAUUUAGUACCGUUUGAUGCUGAUGUUUUAGAGUACACAAGUUUUGCAGACACAAAAACAAUUCCAGGACACUAUGUGCUUUAUUGGGAGUUAAAUCUCAAAGGGUCAAAAGUAAUUCCUCCAUGUGUUUUUGAAGAUUGUUGUUUAACAAUUGAGGAAUCAUUUAAUAGUGUUUAUCGACAAAGUCGAGUUUCGGAUAAGUCAAUUGGUCCACUUGAGAUUAAGAUUGUUGAGAAAGGUACAUUUGAUAAAUUUAUGGAUUAUUCAAUUACUGUGGGAGCUUCCAUUAAUCAAUACAAGACUCCUAGGUGUGUGAAGGUUGGACCUCUUGUGGAGCUUUUGGAGUCAAGAGUUGUUGCAAAGUAUUUUAGUCCUAAAUGUCCAAAAUGGGUUCCGGGUCAUAAGGAGUGGAAUAAUGGGAAUUGAAGUGUAUCUUAGUAUUACGGUGCGUAUGUUAAAAUUACGGUAAAUCGAUGUAAUUUUGAAAAAGUUAUACUUUGUAGCUUUUGUAAAAUCACGGAGUCACUAUGAUUUUGAGAUACCCGCCAUGAUUCAAAAUAUAGGUUAAUUUAGAUUCGGACAUGAUAUGUGGUUGACAACUUUUUUGCUUGUUCAUGUAUGGUUGGUUAUGUUUGGAAGGAAUCUUGGGGAAAUAUUAGUUACUUUAAUUAGAAUAAUUAAACUAUGUAAGUUUCUUUAGAAAUCCUUGUCUACCCACAUUGAGUUGGUUCUUGAACUUGGAUAGGAAGGCAUUACCACUUGUAAAUUAGUAACACCCCUUAAAUAAAAGAACUUUAUCUUUGUUGGUAUACAUGGUUGAAA